UUGAUUAAGCAACUGUCAAGUUGUCUUCGAGUUGGCUUGAAAAUAUGGAUAAAUUGUGUAAAGACGAUAAUAGUAUUCGGUCGAAUUAAGUGAUGAGUUUUUUAAGCAGUGUCUUGACUAGGUCUGGCGGUGCCAUAUUUCGGAAUGUAUUAUGCUGCGGUGAUAUUAUAAAAACGAUAAGCGUUGUAUCUCCUGAAAACUUUGCCAGCAAAGACAGCUUUGACAAGUCAAAUUACCCAGAAACAUGCAAAAGCAAAUAUUGUACAAAGCAUCCAACAUCAGUGCUUACGCUAUGGACUCAAGUGCGUUUUGCGAACGAAUGUCCAAAACCCCCGUUCCACCGUGAUCUUGAAUAUCCCAAUUUUGAUUACUACAGAAAAAGUCCGUACGUAGAUACUAGAAAGACUUCAUGGGGUUCCGGAGAUGGCAAACCGGGGGGUACGUAUGUUAUUGGGUUUUUUGGUUUAUUAUUUUGCGCUUACGGCGUGAAAUCACAUGUGUUACAUUACAUUUACUUUAUGGGAGCCCCAGCUGAUGUCCUUGCGUUGGCUUCAAUGGAAAUAGAUAUAUCGAAAAUUGCUCCAGGGGUGUGCAUGUCGUUUAAGUGGCGAGGCAAACCAGUUUUUGUUAAGAACCGAACUCCCGCCGAAAUUGAUCUGGAGAAUGCAACUCCGCUUUCUUCGUUGAGAGAUCCGGAGCCUACAGAUAAGCGCGCCCAAAGACAGGAAUGGCUAAUUGUGGUAGGCAUAUGUACUCAUCUGGGCUGCGUGCCGAUCCCCAACUCUGGAGACUUUGCCGGAGGCUUUUACUGUCCCUGUCAUGGCAGUCAUUUCGACAACGCUGGAAGAGCUCGGAAGGGACCGGCGCCGACUAAUUUGGAAGUACCACCUUAUAAAUUUCUCUCAGAUACGCUUAUUCUAGUGGGAUGACUUCUUUAUGGGACUUGUAAUGGUUAUUUUUAUAUUUA